AUGGGUCUGUGCCUUGGAUCAGAGGUAACGGAGGAAGAGAAAAAGGCGAAGAUUCAUAGUGCAAAGAUAGACCAGGACCUAUACGAAUAUGCCAAGAGGGAGAUGAACGUGGUUAAAAUACUAAUGCUGGGGGCUGCUGAGAGUGGGAAAAGCACACUGGUGAAGCAGAUGAAAAUAAUCCACAGCCAUGGUUUCACCAAACAGGAGCUGGCCAGCUUUAAGCCAGCUGUUCUGGAUAACCUCCUCACCUCCAUGAAGUUUGUGUUGCAUGGGAUGGGCAUCCUCAGAAUCAACCUUGCCAACAGCAAAAAUAAGGUACAUGCCCACUCUGUGCUCUCCUGUGGACGCUGUUUUGAUGAGGACCAGGUACUCUUCCCGUUCAUAGGCCACGCCCUCUGUUGUCUGUGGGCGGAUCAGGGCGUGCGUGCGGCAGCAUCCCGCGGAUACGAAUAUGAGCUCAACGACUCAGCCCUCUAUUUCUUUGAGAACAUGGCCAGAAUCAUCGCUCCUGAUUAUAUGCCCACUGAGACAGAUGUGUUACGGGUCAGAGUACGGACUACCGGAGUCAUCGAAACGCAGUUUAAAGUCAACCACCUCGUGUUCAGAAUGUACGAUGUUGGAGGUCAGAGAACAGAGAGGAGAAAGUGGAUCAGUUGUUUCGAGGAUGUUAGGGCGGUUCUGUUUGUGGUGUCACUAAGUGGGUACGACAUGACCCUCGUAGAAGAUCCAUCCAUGAAUCGCCUUGAAGAGAGCCUCAAGUUGUUCUCGUCUAUCUGCAAUAAUAUCUUCUUCAGAAGUACCUCAAUGAUCUUAUUUAUGAACAAGAUCGAUCUUUUUCAAGAGAAGAUUCUACAUUCGGGCAGACAUUUAAGACACUAUCUACCACAGUUCAGAGGCGCUGAUUGCGACGUGGACGCUGCAGCUCGUUUCAUUGCCAGCAUGUUUGUGGCUCUCAACACCACACCCAACAAGCUCAUCUACCAUCACUUCACAACAGCCACAGACACCUCCAACGUCCAAAUCGUUUUCCAGGUUGUCAUGGAUACAAUCAUUAAAGAGAAUCUCGAGGCAGUGUCUUUGCUUUGAGGUCCCCCUCACUUGUAUCAUUUGGACCAUUGAAGUUCCUGAUUUUCGAACAAAACCUACACCGCAACAUUGGGACAAUGCACUAUAUGCUG